CGUGCGCGAGGCUGGGUUGCGCCACUCGGAAAAUGGAGUCAAUGAAUAGAUAACACAGGGGUGUUAAUCGAGUGGUUGGUGGGGGGGGUUAACUGGAGCUAGUGUGUAGGAGGAAACUCCCACUGAAGGCGUCUCUUCCCUCGGACUCUGGACUGUAUGCUGAGACGCUUUAUACCGUCAACGGGACGAGCUGUUUCUUUCUCCAACGUUUCUUCUCUCCGGGACUUCGCCGAGCUGUGGAGUAACAACACCCCGCGAUGAGGUCAUUUUAAAUCGGUCAGGGGAAAGCCAAACGUCCGGUGCACAAGUCAGUUUUCAACUCAGUCUGUAGCUACAGACAGUUUUUGCCCCCGGAGAUACAGGCAGUUUUCCCCCGGAGAUACAGACAGUUUUCCCCCGGAGAUACAGACGGUUUUCCCCGGAGAGACAGACACUUUUCCCUCCGCAGCUACCUCCGGAGAUACGGACAGUUUUUCCCCGGAGAUACAGACACUUUUCCUCCGGAGAUACAGACAGUUUUCCCCCGGAGAUACAGACAGUUUUCCUGGAGAUACAGACAGUUUUUCUGGAGAUACAGACAGUUCCCCCCCGGAGAGACAGACACGUUUUCCCUCCGCAGCGACCUCGGGAGAUACAGUUUUCCCCGGAGAGACAGACACCUUUUCCCUCCGCAGCUACCUCCGGAGAUACAGACAGUUUUCCCCCGGAGAGACAGACACUUUUUCCCUCCGCUCCUACCUCUGGAGAUACAGACAGUUUCCCCCCGGAGAUACAGACAGUUUCCCCCCGGAGAUACAGACAGUUUUCUCCUCCGGACCGCAGCUCCCCACGGACGUACCCUUUGCUUUCCCCCGGCUUUGUCUCCACGUCCACGGAUAUAACAGCGAGCUGUGGACCGACUCCCAGUCUGGGAGAAACCGUGAGUUGAAGUCUGGGGACAACAUGUCUUCGCCGCGCUGCUUCCAGCUGCUGCUGUCCUGCACCCUGCUGCUCCUGCUGCUCCGGUUUCCAUCGACUCUGUCCAGACCGGCCACAGAGGACGCUCCCGACGCAGUGAAAUCCUCCGAAGACGAAGAGGACGAUGAGUCAUCCUCGGAGGAAAACAAGCUGUCCAAUGAAUUGUCAACAAGCAACGAGAAGCUCCAAACGCUGGCGCCUCAGUGGGUGAUGCCCGAGAAGAUGGAGAAGCAGCUGCACGCCGUUCCCGCCAGCCGGACCGUGAAGUUCCGUUGCCAGGCGACGGGAAGUCCCGCCCCCUCGCUGCGCUGGUACAAGAACGGCAAAGAGUUCAGGAAGGACCAGCGCAUCGGAGGCUUCAAGAUCCGAGACCACAUGUGGACCCUGAUCAUGGAGUCGGUGGUCCCCUCGGACAAGGGGAACUACACCUGCGUGGUGGAGAACGAACACGGGAGCCUCACACACACCUACCGGCUGGACGUCGUCGAGCGUUCUCCUCACAGGCCGAUCCUGCAGGCCGGUCUGCCGGCCAAUCAGACGGCUGUGAUUGGCCGCGACGUGAAGUUCGUGUGUCGCGUGUUCAGCGACCCGCAGCCGCACAUCCAGUGGCUGAAACACAUCACGGUGAACGGCAGCAGAGAGGCGCCGGACGGGCACCCCUACGUGCUCGUUCUCAAGACGGCAGGUUUGAACACAACAGAUAAAGAGAUGGAGGUUCUGACGCUGAGGAACGUGAGUCGGAACGAUGCCGGAGAGUACACGUGCCUGGCGGGGAACUCCAUCGGCGUCUCUCACCACUCGGCCUGGCUCACCGUCGUGGACGACCUGCCCCCCACGGUGCUGCCCUCCCAGACCUACCUGGAGAUCUUCAUCUACUGCCUCGGCUUUUUCAUCGUCGUCAUCCUCACCGCCACAGCCGUUGUCUGCCGGCUCUGCUGCGCGCCGAAGAAGAGCGACUUCGGCGGCCAGCUGGCCGUGCAGAAACUGGCAAAGAGCCUUCCUCUGAGGAGACAGGUGUCUGUGGAGUCGGGGUCCUCCCUGCAGUCCGGGAUGUGUCUGAUGCGCCAGUCUCGCCUCUCCAGCGCCGCCACCACCACCCUGACCGGCGUCUCGGAGUACGAACUUCCCUUCGAUCCCGCCUGGGAGCUUCCUCGCGACCGGCUGACCCUGGGGAAGCCUCUCGGGGAGGGCUGUUUCGGGCAGGUGGUUCUGGCCGAGGCCGUCGGCGUCGACAGAAACAAACCCACGCGCCUCACCAAGGUGGCGGUGAAGAUGCUGAAAGCUGACCCCACGGAGAAGGACCUGUCCGACCUGAUCUCUGAGAUGGAAAUGAUGAAGAUGAUCGGCAAACACAAGAACAUCAUCAACCUGCUGGGAGCGUGCACGCAGGACGGCCCUCUGUACGUGGUGGUGGAGUACGCCUCGCAGGGGAACCUGAGGGAGUAUCUGCGUGGUCGGCGCCCGGUCGGGCUGGAGUAUUGGAGCGGAUGCAGGCAGGUGUCCCUGGGCAGUCUGGAGACCAGGGUGCUGGUGUCCGCUGCGUACCAGGUGGCCAGAGGGAUGGCCUACCUCGCCUCAAAGAAGUGUAUUCACAGAGACCUGGCAGCCAGGAACGUGUUGGUCACUGAAGACAACGUGAUGAAGAUUGCCGACUUCGGUCUGGCCCGAGACGUCCACCACAUCGACUACUACAAGAAGACCACUAACGGUCGUCUGCCGGUGAAGUGGAUGGCGCCAGAAGCUUUAUUUGACCGCAUCUAUACGCACCAAAGUGACGUGUGGUCGUUUGGGGUCUUGCUGUGGGAGAUCUUUACCCUGGGGGGCUCUCCGUACCCGGGGGUCCCCGUGGAGGAACUCUUCAAGCUGCUGAAGGAGGGACACCGCAUGGAUAAACCCUCGGCAUGCACUCAGGAGCUGUACCUGAUGAUGAGAGACUGCUGGAACGCCGUUCCGUCUCGCAGGCCGACCUUUCCGCAGCUAGUUGAAGAUUUAGACCGCACGCUUUCUCUGAUGGCGAACCAGGAGUACCUGGACCUGGCCUCCCCUCUGGUCCAGUAUUCUACCGUCAGCUCCCCCGUCUCGGAUCAUUCCGGUAACUCCACAUAAGAGCGUCCUGGGACUUUUUCUUUUUC